AUGAGAAAUCAAGACAUGAAUGGCUCCGCCAACGGCGAGGCUCACCUCCGUAGCCCUACGUCCAUGGUCCCAGAGCCCAUAGCGAUCGUGGGGAUGGGGAUGAGGCUACCAGGGAAGAUUCACUCGGCGGAAGCCCUGUGGGAGCUGCUGAUCAGCAAGCGAGAAACAAGCGGGCCUGUUCCUAGCAGCAGGUACAAUGCCGGAGGGUUCUACUCGGCGUCCAAGAGGCCCGGCAGCGUUGCAGUCCAGCGCGGUCAUUUUCUGGACGAGUCAGACGCGCUGGAUCGCCUGGACACCUCUUUCUUUAGCAUGGGAAAGGCUGAGGUGGAAAAGCUGGAUCCCCAGCAGCGCAUGCUGCUCGAGGUAGUAUGGGAGUGCAUGGAAAAUGGAGGCCAGCGCGACUGGGAAGACUCUAAUACGGGGGUCUUUGUCGGUACCUGGGGUGAUGACUGGCAGGACUUCCUCGCUAAAGACCCUCAGCAGACUGGGGGCAUGCUGAAUGUAUCUGGGGCUGGAGACUUUGCCAUAUCGAACCGGAUAUCGUACGAGUAUAAUCUAAAGGGCCCGAGUAUGACUAUCAAGGCCGCCUGUGCUUCCUCCAUGAUAUGUCUCCACGAGGCGUGCCAAUCGCUUCGCGACGGUGGCUGCGAUGCAGCCAUCGUCGCAGGUACGAAUCUGAUUAUUACGCCGACUCAGACCAUCGCGCAGAGUGAGGCAGGAGUCCUGUCGCCAACGGGCGAGUGCCGAACAUUCGACGCGUCAGCCAAUGGCUACGCCCGUGGGGAAGCCAUCAACGCCAUUCUGAUCAAGAGGCUGGGCGAUGCUGUACGAGAUCAAGAUCCAAUUAGGGCUGUUAUCCGAUCGACGGCCGUGAAUUGUGACGGGCAGAGCGCAGGCAUCAGUGCACCGAAUCCCGCAGCCCAUGAGAGAAUGAUCCGGCGAGCCUACAAGUUUGCGGCGCUUAAUGACGCCCUAGAGACGCCUUUUGUAGAGUGCCAUGGCACCGGCACCCCCAGUGGCGAUCCGCUCGAACUGCAAGCGAUUGCCAGCGUGUUCGGAGGGAUCCAGGACACGUAUGUGGGGAGCAUCAAGGCCAAUGUAGGCCAUGCAGAGGGGGCGUCGGGGAUCAACAGCGUCAUCAAAGCCGUCUUAAUGCUUGAGAACCGAGUCAUCCCUCCACAGGUGAACUUCGCUGUCCCGAAUCCACGAAUUCCGUUCGAGGCGGCGCAUCUGGUGGUGCCUACAGAGCCAACGCCGUGGCCGACCGGUCGACCAGAGCGUAUCAGUGUCAACUCCUUUGGCAUAACUGGUGCGAAUGCGCAUGCGAUUAUUGAAUCUGCCGCAUCUUACGGCGUGGUUCGACCGUGCUGGAAUGGAUCCUCCGUCCCGAAACUGCUGAUGUUCUCUGCAAAGACCACUGGCGCCCUCAAGAGCCGAGCAGCGCAGAUCAGAAGGUACGCUGAUGCCUACCCUGACAGGGCAAACGCUCUGUCAUAUACACUGGGCUGUCGAAGGUCCCACCUUGGCCAUCGCGCCUUCUGCUUCGCGGGAGCGAACGAGGUCACUUACAUGGCCGAGAGGGUCAAGCAGACCCCGGUCAUCAACUUCGUCUUUACGGGCCAAGGUGCGCAAUGGCCGAGGAUGGGCAAGGAGCUCAUGGAGGAGUUCCCGCAGUUCAAGAACGACCUUGUCCAUAUGAGCAAGAUUCUGGCUGGGUUACCACACCCGCCGGCCUGGGACAUUGUGGAGGAGUUGCUGCAGCCGAUGACAGAGAGUCGUGUCAAUGGCCCUGAAUUUUCCCAGCCGCUAUGCACCGCCAUUCAGGUUGCACUGGUCAAUCUGUUGGACGUACUUGGCGUCUCGCCCGCGGCCGUUGUCGGUCAUUCCAGCGGAGAGAUAGCGGCGGCAUACGCUGCCGGUGCACUCACAGUGGAAGAAGCCAUUGUCGCCGCGUACUAUCGAGGGCGAGUAGCAACCGAAUCGUCGCGCACUGGGGCCAUGGCAGCCGUCGGAAUGGGUCGUGCCGAGGCUUCGCUCUACCUGGAGGAUGGCGUGGUCGUUGCAUGCGACAACAGCCCUAACAGCGUGACACUAUCGGGCGACAAGGAAGCUCUCGGUUCAGUCAUGGAGCAGAUGAAAAGUGAUGAUAAGAAUCUUUUUAUCCGUCUGAUCAAGACGGGCGGUCUGGCGUAUCACUCGCACCACAUGCUGAACCUAGGGUCUAGGUAUGAGCAAUGUUUACAGCCGUUUGUCAGGGCCCAUUCUGCCAGACUCCCUUUCUUCUCCAGCGUUACCGGCAAAAGGCUGGCUGAAGAGGCGUUACUGGAUGCACGGUACUGGAGACAGAACCUAGAGUCGCCGGUCAAGUUCUAUCCCGCUGUCAGGGCUCUGAUCGCCAGCCAACAGCCUGCAGACCAGCUCUUUCUCGAAAUUGGACCCCAUUCAGCACUUGGGGGACCCCUGCGGCAGAUUUUCAAGGCUACAAAGACAAAAGGCCGUCUAGCUUACUCACAUAGCUUGGUCAGGGGCAGGAAUGCCGUUGAAAGCGCACUGGAAAUGUGCGGGCAGCUAUUCUUGCAGACAGUUGAUAUCCGUAUGGAGCAGUGGACCCAUGGAGGUAGCACAUUGACGGACAUCCCAGCCUAUCCAUGGCAGCACGAAUCAUCUCACUGGUCCGAAACUCGGGCAGUGAGGGAGUGGAGGACUCGAGCCUUUCCGCCCCAUGAGCUGCUGGGCUCACGGAUCCUGGAAGGAAGCGAUGUCGAGCCCAUCUGGCGCAACCUGCUCCGUUUAAAGGAUGCGCCUUGGCUUAGUGAUCACAGAGUGCUGCAGGAUGUCGUAUUUCCUUGCGCUGGAUACAUUGCAAUGGUGGGCGAAGCUAUUCGACAAAUUACGCAUUGCGACGACUUCAGUAUCCGCCAUCUGAGCAUCAGUACAGCGAUGAUACUGGGCGAUGAGAAGACUGUCGAGGUGAUGACCUCACUGAGACCUUCAAGGCGGAUGUCGACCCAGUGGUACGAGUUCGCCAUCUACUCGUAUAACGGGAACACCUGGACAACACAUUGCGAUGGGCAGGCGAAAGGAGGUAGGGACGACAAGGCAGUGGACUUGCAAAUGCCUGGACUCUAUACCCAGCUCCCCCGUCAGGUCCAGUCCCCAUAUCCUAUCUUUACGCGCGCUGGCCUUCACUACGGUCCAGCAUUCCAGGGGCUGGAAAGCGUUUGCGCAAGGCCUGGUCAUAGAACAGCCACGGCGUCGCUUCGGCUUCCUCCAGAGACAGGCUCAGUGUAUCCCCUGCAUCCAACGACUAUCGAUCAGUGCUUGCAACUGCUCGGGCUAGCCUCCGCAGAGGGCCUUGCCCAUCACUUCGAGCAGAUUCUUCUGCCAACAAUGGUAGAAAGCCUGUAUAUUCAGGGGGCCCUUGACGCUGCGGCGCCCAUGCAGACAGGAGCAAGAGCCGUCUUGACUGCGGACAACUCUGGCAAUUUUCAAGGAGAGAUGGCUGUCGUUUCAGGCGACCAGGUCUUGCUCUCCGCACAUGGAUGCAAACUUUCUCCGCUUGAGAACGAACGGGCGGGCCUGUCGAGGGACGACAGAAUAGCAGCAGCUCGGCUGUACUGGAGGCCGGAUCUCGACUUUAUCCCUCUCGAGAGCCUGAUGAGUUCUCAUACGAAGGAUCUCGGUGCACUACAGCUGAUGGAGACUUACGUCUUCCUAUGCACCGUCGAGAUCCAGCAUCGAAUCCGCAAUCGUGCACCGUACAAUGGCCACUUUGGCAAGUUUCAUCAUUGGAUUGAUGAGUGCGUUGAUCAAGGGCGACGGGGAGAGAACCAAAUCGUGGCUGGCAGCGGCGAACUGGUGAAACUUCAACCAAACGAGCGCAUGGCUCUUAUCCGCCAGCUGCGAGGCAAAAUCGCCGACUCCGAGUUUGGCAAUGUCGCAGAGCUUGUCAGCCGGCUCCUGGACAAUUGUGUGGAGGUCUUCAAGGGGGAAACAGAAAUUCUGGAUGUUUACUUACGAGAUGGCGGUCUCACAGAGCUCUACGCCAUCACGGGAGAUAGAAUUGAUUCCACCGAGUUUUUCAUCACAGCAGGCCAUACAAAUCCUACGAUGCGCGUUCUAGAGAUUGGCGCUGGAACGGGGGGAACCACCCUGGUGGCAUUGCAGGCUCUCACAUCUAUCAAUGGAGAGCCCAUAUUCACCGACGUCUCGUCUGGCUUCUUCUCCGCUGCCAGAGAGAGGUUCGCCGAAUACCCUGGGCUCGAAUACCGGACUUUGGAUAUUGGAAAGGACCCGUUAGAGCAGGGAUUCGAUGCUGGCAGUUACGAUCUGAUCAUCGCCUCUAAUGUCAUUCAUGCUACCGAAACCCUAAACGUGACCCUGAAAAACGUCCGCAAGCUGCUUCAUCCACGAGGGAGGUUCUUUCUCCAGGAGCUGACGCCUUCUGCUGCAAAAAUGAUUAAUCUUAUCAUGGGCCCGUUGCCCGGUUGGUGGCUUGGAGAGGCUGAUGGCCGAGCAACCGAACCUAUUGUAUCUCCUCAGCGCUGGGAUCUCGAGCUGCGUGCGGCAGGAUUCUCUGGUAUUGAGUGUCUGGUCCACGAUGAUGAUAAUCAGAGGGACCAUCUUGGCGUCAACAUCAUCGCAAAGCCUGUCCGGCCUGCCCCAGAUUUUCCCUGCGUCACUCUGCUGCUCCGUGAGAGCCACGAUGAUCUGAACUCGGUCAAGUUGGCGAAGCAGGCGUUGAGCGACAAGGGGUAUCAUAUCGACGUAUGCUCCCUGGGCGCCCAACUCCCCGUUCACCAAGACAUUAUCUCGCUGGUGGAGAUUGACUCUCCCUUCUUCGAACCAGACUGCCCGGGCAGCAUUGCGGUCCUGCAAAGAAUAGUUUCUCAGCUUGGGUCAUCGAAACUGCUCUGGGUGACGGGGUCCGCUCAGAUGGGACCGGUGGACAACCCAUUCUACGGCCUCACGCUCGGCCUCGCAAGGGCGAUCCGAGCAGAGCUGUCGCCUUCUCUCGCGACUGUGGAAGUUGACAGGCUGGAUCCAAAGUCUGCAGAAACAAUUGUGGAGGUGUUUGAAAAGUUCCAGGAUACGGCCUCCUCCGUGAAUCCAGACAACGAGUAUGUAGUCAAGGACGGCGUUGUCCAUAUCGGUAGGUAUCACUGGACGCAGAUCUCAGGCGAGCUUGCACAAUCUCAUGACACGUCCGGUCACCCUCUCAGACUGGAGACCAGGCGAGAGGCAGGUGCGAAAGUCCUAGGCUGGGCUUCACAGACACCCAUCCCGUUGGGGCCAAACGAUGUAUCCAUAUGCCCGGCCUACGUAGGCGUCGGCCUCAAGGACUACGACAGCCUGGUCGGAUUGGAGGGUUCCGGCACGGUUGCGGCCAUUGGAGCUGAAGUACAACGGCUCAAAGUAGGGGAUCAAGUAAUGUUCCUCAAGGACGACUGUCUCGCAACAAGCAUUACAGUCGCUGCAGAUCACGUAGCAAAGAUCCCAGACGCGUUGAGCCUCGCCGACGCUGCCAGUAUGCCUUGGGCAUACUGCACCGCUAUCUACUCUCUGAGCAUUGUGGGCAAUGUCCGAAAAGGGCAGACAAUCCUCAUUCAUGAAGCGACAAGCUCCAUUGGUUUAGCCGCUAUUAUUCUGUGUCAAAUGCUUGGUCUCGAGAUAUAUUGCACUGUCACCAGCCCUAAUCAAGCGGAACACAUCACCACCGCUUUCAACAUUGCUUCCAGCCACAUAUUUGCCUUUGGCGAUGCGUCUUUUCAAUCUAACUUGAUGGCUGCGACUAGAAACCGAGGUGUGGACAACGUACUCCUCAACUUGCCGUCGGUGGAUGUGUUGCAGGCCUCGUGGAAAUGCGUGGCCUCACGAGGAAAGCUAAUCACACUAGCAAAGCCGGGGCUUUAUGAUCGUGCAGAGUUGGAUUUGGACCUUUUGAAGGGCAAUAGGAGCUUCGUUGUGGUUGACAUUACCUCCCUUCACGACGUAUAUCAAGAGCUCCUCGAUGAGACAAUCCAUCUCUAUACUCACGGCCAUAUCAAACCUAUUACGCCAAACUCCAUUGUCGGUGCCGACCAACUUCAGGAUUUACUUGCAGUUGUGAACCAAAGCAAGUCAUUAGGCACGACUGUGGUUGUAGUCCCAGAUGCAGCCAACGCACUCCCAGUACACACAGCCCACCCUGAGCUUAAGCUGCGACCAGAUAGAGCAUACCUUCUAGUGGGAGGUUUAGGCGGACUCGGCCAAUCCGUCUCAACGUAUCUGGUCGAACGCGGCGCCCGGCAUCUCGUCUAUCUGUCUCGGAAUGCGGGUGCGCACGAACGCCACCGACAAUUUAUUCAGGAGCUUGAAAGCCAAGGGUGUUCUGUACAGGCAGUUCAAGGGGAUGUUGCCAAACUGGCGGACGUGAAAACAGCAGUGGAAGCGGCUAGCCAGCCAAUUGCCGGUGUGCUGCAAAUGGCCAUGGUUCUGAAUGAUCGCCCUUUUCUGAGUAUGUUUCACGACGACUGGUGCACUGCAAUUCGGCCCAAAGUCGACGGGACAUACAACCUGCACAAAGCGCUGCUGGAUGCAGAUACAACCCUUGACUUCUUCGUGGUUUUCGGAUCCGUCUCUGGCGCAUUCGGGAUCGCCCACCAGGCCAAUUACGCGGCAGCAAAUACAUUCCAAGAUUCAUUUGUGCAGUACCGCCACGCGCAUGGCCUUCCUGCAUCUAUUUUGAACAUCGGUGCCAUGGCGAAUGUCGGCUACGUGAGCGAAAAUCACGCCGUCGAGGAAUUCUUCCGCGCUGCCGGCAUGCCGUUUCUAUCCGAGGGAGACUUCUUUGAAGCACUCCACCAUUCGAUCCGUCACCAAUUUACUGCUGCUCCUUUGGCGCAGUCAAGGUCAUCAGCUACGGCGCACGGUCGAGGCGCAGGUGCGACCAACGUUGCCCAGCUCGCCCUAGGCAUUCGGUCUACCAAACCGAUGGAUGAUCCCAGCAACCGCGUGCUCUGGAAACAUGACCGGCGAGUGGACAUAUACCGGAACAUUGAAGCCGCACGGCUGCAGGACAGCACGGAUGGCAGGGACGGGGGCGAGGAAGACAAACUCGCUGCGUUCAUGACUGAGCUGCGGUCCAGCCCGUCCGUGCUGGAUCGAGCGGACACCUUGGCCUUCCUUACGCAUGAGAUUGGCGUCAAGAUCUACGAGUUUAUGUUGCAGCCGGUGGAAGAGCUUGACGUAACCAAAGGCUUGGUCACCCUUGGCGUGGACUCCCUGGUUAUCGUUGAGAUUAGGAACUGGCUGCGGCGCAAAUUGGAAGUCGAAACCAGUACACUGGAGAUAUUGAAUGGCGGCACUAUCGAGACUUUGGGACAGAUCUGUUUCCAUAGAUUGCGCGGAAAAUAUGGAGGAUCGGCUCCGGGAAGGUGA